AUGGGCAGUGAUGUUGGAGCAAAGUUUUUGGAAGGCAUAUGCAACACACUACACAUGAAUUGCGCAAACCUAAUGUCAAUUUUCACAGGUCCGAAUUGCUGCAUAAAUUCUUCUAGAAUAGAUGUCUAUCUCGAUCAUGAACCACAGCCAACAUCAACGAAAAACUUGAUUCAUUUUUCUCAAAUGAUCAGAACAGGAAAUAUAGCAAAGUAUGAUUAUGUUGAUCAAGCACAAAAUGUACAACACUAUGGUCAACGAGUUCCUCCAACUUAUGAUUUGACCAAAAUCCCAAACGAAUUACCACUUUUUCUUGGCUAUGGAGGAAAAGAUAUGCUAGCUGAUGUUAAAGAUGUGAAGGUUUUGCUCAAUGACCUCCAAGAUCAUGAUGCUAACAAGCUUGUGGAAGUGUUCAAUGAAGAUUAUGCACAUAUUGAUUUUAUUAUGGGUGUCACUGCUAAACAAAUCGUUUAUGAUCCAAUGAUAGAUUUUUUCAAUGGUUAUUGAUCUUUCUUA